AAAUACCGAUAGACUAGGCAAACUGCCCACACUUCUCUGAACCUAGGGGAACAGAUUUUGCCCUUUUGUCAAAGAUCAUUUGGCGCCGUGCCGUACCAUAAAGCCUGAAGGGUUUCCAAAUAGUCAUAUUUUUGCCCCUUGGCCCUCUUCUAGAGCCAAAGCCAAAGCCUUCUCAAUAAAUUAUUCAUUUUUCACUCGCUGCAGAACAUCUUCAGAUACAUGUCCACAGUUCGGAAAGCAAUGGCGAGCUUAUCCAACUCGCUUCAGCUUAAGCGCGGACUCGCUCUCUGGUGCCCUCGCUCUUCUUCUUUGACUCGUCCUCACCCUUCCUCUUCCAUGCGAUUCGGAAGCUUCCAUAGAAACUUCGUCGUUGCCUCCUCUUCGUUUUCUAACGACAAUAGAGAAUUUGUGAUUGUUGGAGGGGGCAAUGCUGCUGGAUAUGCAGCUAGGAGUUUCGUCGAACACGGGAUGGCCGAUGGCAGGCUCUGUAUUGUAUCCAAAGAGGCAUAUGCACCAUAUGAGAGACCGGCUUUGACAAAAGGCUACUUGUUUCCUCUAGACAAGAAACCAGCUCGGUUACCUGGUUUUCAUACUUGCGUUGGAUCUGGUGGUGAAAGGCAAACUCCUGAAUGGUAUAAAGAAAAAGGGAUUGAGAUGAUUUAUGAGGAUCCAAUAACGAUUAUUGAUACAGAAAAGCAAACUCUAACCACAAAUUCGGGCAAAUUGCUGAAGUACGGAUCUCUUAUAAUUGCUACAGGAUGUACAGCCUCAAGAUUUCCAGAGAAAAUCGGAGGAAGCCUUCCUGGUGUGCACUAUAUUCGGGAUGUUGCAGAUGCAGACUCACUAAUCUCAUCUUUGGAGAAGGCACAGAAGGUGGUGAUUGUUGGUGGUGGUUAUAUUGGAAUGGAGGUUGCUGCUGCUGCUGUUGGCUGGAAACUCGAUACUACGAUAAUUUUCCCUGAGAAUCAGCUUUUGCAAAGAUUAUUCACUCCUUCCCUUGCUCGAAGAUAUGAAGAACUGUACAAAGAAAAUGGUGUCAAGUUCUUAAAGGGUGUUUCUAUCAAAAGCUUGGAAGCUGGUUCUGAUGGACGGGUAGCUGCUAUUAAGCUGGGUGAUGGAUCUACCAUAGAAGCGGACACGAUAAUUAUUGGUAUUGGAGCAAAACCUGCAGUUACUCCCUUCGAAGUGGUGGGGUUAAAUGCAACUGUUGGUGGCAUACAGGUUGAUGGUCUGUUCCGGACAAGCAUACCUGGAAUUUUUGCAGUUGGAGAUGUUGCAGCAUUCCCCCUUAAGAUAUAUGACCGUGUAGCACGAGUUGAACAUGUUGAUCAUGCUCGUCGAUCUGCACAGCAUUGCGUUAAGGCGUUACUUAGUGCACAGACUCACAUGUACGAUUAUCUGCCUUAUUUUUACUCAAGGGUUUUUGAGUAUGAAGGGAGCCCCAGGAAAGUUUGGUGGCAGUUUUUUGGGGACAAUGUUGGAGAGACAGUCGAGAUUGGGAAUUUUGAUCCAAAAAUUGCUACUUUCUGGAUAGAUUCUGGUAAAUUGAAAGGAGUUCUUCUUGAAAGUGGAAGUGCUGAGGAAUUCAAACUCCUUCCAGAACUUGCAAGGAGCCAGCCUUCCAUCAACAAAGCCCAGCUUCAGAAAGCGUCUUCAGUCGAGGAGGCACUAGAAAUUGCUAAAGCCUCCCUACUAGUUGAGCAGAAAGCUUAGUCGCAUGCAGAACCUCUCCAUGAAAAGUACUGAUCUCUGCACAAAAUACCACCACAGUAAGUUUCAUUAGCCUUAAAGCUGGGGAAUUAUUCCUGUGUAAUAAUGUCUUGGAACUUUUCCCAUUCUUUCAUGAAAUAAUUGUUUGAAACUAAGAAUGAAAGGAAAGGUAUACAGUCUACUCUGAUAUGCAGUGAUAGGGAGAGAGAUGUACCACCUAGAAUUUUUGAUAGAUGAAAUUGCUUCUGCGCAUUUGAUGAUCCAAUAAUAACUUAAUCAGUUCAUUGUGUGGUAAUGUAUUAUCUUUUGUUGUUUUUGGAAUAAGUUCCUUCCGGUAUCAUCCUUGUUUAUUUGUUA